AGCUGUGAUUGGCCAGCGUGCGAUCUCUCCAAUGUUUGUAAAUUGUUGUCUGAAACGGUGCAGUGUGGAUCUCACCGCGCAAAUGUAUUUUCUAAUGCCGAUAAACUUUCCUGGUCUGGAUUACAUUUGAAAAUCACCGGUCUUUGGAAAGAGUGGGACAGAAACCUGGACGGCGCUGUGGACCCCGACGAACCGCACAAGGCAGCAAGAUAAAGUAGAAUGGUCUUUAUUGAGAUGGACGACGGCAGAGCUUUGACGACGGCUGCAGCCAAAGGGAAUACGACCGAGGUGCAGAGGAUCCUGGAGGAGAGAAGAGUGCAUCCUGAUACUCUCAAUCAGUUUGGCAGAACUGCGCUGCAGGUGAUGAUGAUGGGGAACUCAAAGAUCGCCCGGUUGCUGUUGGAAAAUGGAGCACAGCCUAACAUCCAGGACAGACACGGGAUAGCGCCGGUCCACGAUGCUGCCCGAACAGGGUUCUUGGACACUCUGGAGGUUCUGGUGGAGCACGGUGCUUCUGUCAACAUCCCCGACCAGAGCGGGGCCUUGCCUAUCCACAUUGCGAUCCGAGAAGGCCACCGGGACGUCGUGGAGUUCUUGGCGCCGCGGUCCGACCUGAAGCACACCAACAUCAGCGGGCAGACGGCGAUGGACGUGGCCCAGGCGUCACGGGUGCCUGAUAUGAUUGACUUGCUUUUCGCUUACAUUCAUUGUUAGUUUAAAGUCCGGGUGCUUUUUUUUGGGUGACCUUGAUAUGUGUUUUGCUUCAAACCUGGUGACUUGAAUUCAUUGCUGUGUAAAAGAUUAUUGUUGUUUUUUCAGUUUUUUAGUGGUUCAGCAUUAACAUGUGACACAGGACAUAUUGUCUUGGCAGCUUAUUUUCAGUGGUUGGUUGUCUACAUACAGUAGACACCUCUUUUGCACAGUGCAGUUUAGGCACCUUACAUAUAUAUAUAUAAAUAUAUAUAUAUAUCUGUUUUCCCUGUUGACUGGGAGUGCACAUCUGUAGAUACUUUUUCCCUCAGUGUUUUGUUAUUAUUGCAUUAUAUUACAUUGUGUAUGAAUUGUAACAGUUGAUACAAUGUGUUUUUAAAAAAAAAUAUUACACACUUGACAUGGUGCACCCUGAUUGCUUUGCAUAGUUGUGUCUCUUAAAUAGAUGUACUUAGAAUUUAUUGUUAUUUAUUGUUGGAAUAGAUGUGAAUAUUCCUGUGACUCUGUUAACAGCGACAUUUAUUGUGAUUUGUUGAAAUGUUAUUUAUAUAAAUAGUUUUAAAACAAAAGUGAGAUUUUUCACUUUGCUCUUUGAAGAUGAAAGCACAAAAUAAAGUCUUGAACUUGA